AUGACGGUCCUCGAGCUCGCAGGAUCGCGAUUCGCUAGCUGGAUCUCCUGCUUGUUUCUUUGUUCCGAGUCAGAUAAUGGAGGCCAGCAACGGCAGGUGGAGGGGAAGAGCGUCAAGCGGGAGCGAGAUAUGAUGAUAAAUACACAACCGGAGCUCGUUUCUCCUAUGCGGUUGGGUUCAUGCGAUGGGGAGAAUGGGAAUGAGAAACAUCCUCUAUCUCUACCACUAUCACCACCUCUCCCCCGACCUCAACGGACCCAUCGCGACAACACAAUGUCAAGAAGAUCCUCCAUCCGCGCAAGUCUCUCCUUCAGCCGGAAAUCCACCAUCGGGCCCAGACCCAGCGCAAUCCGAAUCAGCGCGCCCUCGGACUUUAGACGAGUCCAGUCAAUGACCAAUUUCCCUGUAUCCAAACCCCAACCUCAAGCGCAAACCCAAAUACCAGAGAAAGGAAAAGGAAACCACUUCCUCGAACUGAGCAUCUACAACAACCCCCACCACGCACUCCCCGAUCUCCCCUCCUUCGAUGAUUUCCAUGUCACCGAUGCUGAAUCACCGAUUAAACGGCCACAGAGAGUCUUCUCGUCGCCACCGGGCUUCUCACUACCACCUGUUGUCCCUCGUUCGCGGGACACGGAAGGAAGUAUAUCAGGGUCAGCGUCGUUCCGGCUACCGCGGAAACCUGUUGGGACGGCGCCGGUACCGCGGCGGUCUUCUACUGCUGCUGCUGCUGCUGUUGCUAGUGCUAGUGCUUGGCCGGUUGCUAGACCAGAACGACAGCGCUAUUCGACUCCGGCUAGUCCUCUGAUUCCGCAUUUCGCGACGGUUCAGCGGACGAGUAUGGCUCGGCCUGUGCCGCGUUCGUUGUCUAUGGGGAUGGGCCCUGCGUUGGAUAGGGAAUUCAGGUUUACCCUGCAGAACGGGGCGAUUCAUGCUACCAAUAACGACCACACCGACAUGACACCUCCCAUCUCCCCCUCUCCAACCCUAACCUCCCUCCAAUCCCAGUCCCGAUUCCAACACAAACCACUCCCACUCCCACUCCCACCAUCACAAUCACAACCAGGGCCAGAGCACACCCGCUCCUGGAGCGGCUCAACGCUCGCCUCCUCCACAUACACAUACACAUACUCUCUCAAGGGAUUCGACGUAUCAGUGAUUUCCAGACCCGGGUCGAGAACUGGGUUGGGGCAAGGGGCGGUUGUGUAUCCGUUUCCGGCGCCGACUAUUUAUGAGGGGAAGCAGGUUGUUGGGUACAUUUAA